AUGGUGUCAUCUACUUUAACUCCUCUUGCCUAUGAGGACCCAGGUGUCUCCACUCCCAGGGCUGGCCUGGGGCCGGCCUGUCUGGAUUCUCCAGCCAAUGGGUUGGCCCCUCAGGGGAACGGCAUCCUGGGGUGGUUCUUUUCCUCAGCCCAUAUGAAAGGGGUUCCCCCAGGAGCAGGGGCUGCAGCUGGGGGUGGAAGCCCACCAGGAAAGGCAGGUUAUGGCACACUGCCUAAUGGCUAUGGAGCAGGAGCUCCCAAUGGAGCAGGAGCUGGACUCCAAAGCCCCACGGGGAAAGCCGGAUACAGGAAUGGACUAGGAGCAGGAACCUUCCCUGGAGCUGGAGCCCAGCCAGGCCUUGGAGGGGGGAUGAAACCUCAAAAAGCAGGUGAGGCCUGUAGCUUUUUUCCUCUUUUUUUUUGUUUGUUCUGUCUCUUUUCCCACAGGUUAACCCCACUCUUCCAACAUCUGCCCAUUCCUACCCCUUUCUCUAACCUCCCAAGUUGGGCUUAGCCAAGCAGAUCCCUAUUAUCCUGGGCUCUGGAUGGUAGCUCUUGUUCACCCCUCUCCCAGGGUUC